GGAAAAGACGACAGCGACGGCUCUGCGGGCUGGAAGAACACCAACUGACCGAGAAAACUGUUAGGAAGAGGAGAAGAUGUGAUACAGGAACAUCGAGCCUAAGCUGAGAAGUGAGAUGGUGUGGAGACUGCGGCCGGAUGUGGAUCCCUGUGUUGUCCCACAAGUGGCUGGAAUCUCAAGUCUCUGGAAGUAUUCUGCCUGUCUUGGCUUUCCAACCCCACCGAUCCUCCAGAGCGCACCAUGUAUGGACCCAGGAGGCUGGGCUGCAACUUUGGGAUGACUUGGAGCGCAGUCCACCAGGAGGAAAAUGCUUCCCGCGUGGGGUCCUGACACCUGCACAUGGGGCUUUGCCAUUAUUUCUUCUGGAUGUUUCUGUAAGGAGAUUGUUUCUGUAGAGAAAUCCCACUUGAGCAUCAUAUACACAGUCAUAAAAUUCAUAUCAAGAAAUGGGACCAGCCAGUCUUCCCUGCAACCUGAGGCAAAGAGAAAAAUGUCAUACCCUAGGAAUGCAGUGGUGUCCUUUGAAAGAAGAGGAUGCCAUUCCCCAUGUGAGGGCAAUGGAAGCUCAUGGAGGAAGACCACCAGAUCCAGAGAGAGAGCGACCAGGAGAGGAUACCAGCGUGAGACAGCGAAGCGGUCGGCCUCCUGAUGUUGGCGGUGCUGAAUGUGUAGAUAACACAGAUGCCAAAUUGCUAAGACAACUGCAAGCUCAAGAAAAAGCCCGACAAGCUGCACAAAUAAAGCUUUUGAGCAAACUCCAAAAGCAGGAACAGGCUCGCAUUGCCAAAGAAGCUAAAAAACAACAAGCAAUAAUGGCUGCUGAGGAGAAGCGACAGCAAAAAGAGCAGAUAAACAUUAUGAAACAACAGGAAAGAAUUAAGAGAAUACAACAAAUCAGAAUGGAAAAAGAACUUCGAGCCCAACAAAUUCUAGAGGCUAAAAGGAUAAAGAAGGAAGAAGCUGCAAAAGCCAAAUUUUUGGAGGCUGAGAAACGAAAACAGGAAAGAAUUAAGAGAAUACAACAAAUCAGAAUGGAAAAAGAACUUCGAGCUCAGCAAAUUCUAGAGGCUAAAAGGAUAAAGAAGGAAGAAGCUGCAAAAGCUAAAUUUUUGGAGGCUGAGAAACGAAAACAGGAAAGAAUUAAGAGAAUACAACAAAUCAGAAUGGAAAAAGAACUUCGAGCCCAGCAAAUUCUAGAGGCUAAGAGGAUAAAGAAGGAAGAAGCUGCAAAAGCCAAAUUUUUGGAGGCUGAGAAACGAAAACAGGAAAAAGAACGGUCGAAGCAAGAAAAACGUGAUGGGAAAAGAUUAAAGAAAGAGCUUAAACUAGAGCAACGAAGAUUAGAAUUAGAAAUUGCAAAAGAACUAAAACGUGCUGGGAAAAGAUUAAAGAAAGAGCUUAAACUAGAGCAACGAAGAUUAGAAUUAGAAAUUGCAAAAGAACUAAAGAAGCCUAAUGAAGACAUGUGCUUAGCAGACCAAAAGCCUUUGCCAGAGUUGCCUCGUAUUCCAGGACUUGUUCUCUCUGGAAGUACAUUUUCAAACUGUCUCGUGGUGCUGCAGUUCUUAGGAGAGUUUGGUAAAGCUUUAGGCUUUAAUGGAAAUACUGAUGUUCCAAACCUGAGUAUUAUUCAAGAGGGAUUGCUGAAUCUAGGGGACAGCAUGGAUAAAGUACAAGACCUGCUUGUGAGGCUCCUGUCAGCUGCUGUGUGUGAUCCAGGUCUAAUUACAGGAUACAAGGCCGAAACAGCUCUUGGAGAACAUUUGCUGAAUGUUGGUAUGAAUCGAGACAAUGUUUCCGAGAUCUUGCAGAUCUUUAUGGAGGCCCGUUGUGGACAGACUGAGCUCACCGAAAGCCUGAGGACCAAGGCUUUUCAGGCCCACACUCCGGCCCAGAAAGCCUCGGCGCUGGCCUUCCUGAUCAGUGAGCUGGCGUGCAGCAGGAGGGUGGUGAGUGAAAUUGACAAGAACACUGAUUAUAUGUCAAACUUGAGGAGAGAGAAAUGGAUGGUAGAAGGUAAACUCCGCAAGCUCCGAAUCAUUUAUGCUAAGAAAGCAGGCAAGAGAGACACUUCAGGUGGCAUCGAUCUUGGAGAAGAGCAGCACGAGUCGGCCACCCCCACUGCAGGAUGCAAGCGAAGAAGGAAGGGCGGGGACAAUGACGCUGAUGGCAACAAGGAGGAGGAGGAGGAAGACAAGGAAGACAAAAAAGGAAAGAAAACUGAUGUCUGUGAAGAUGAGGAUGAAGGUGACCAAGCAGCAAGUGUUGAAGAGCUAGAAAAACAGAUUGAAAAGCUGAGUAAACAACAGAGUCAGUACAGAAGGGAGCUCUUUGAUGCGUCUCACUCUUUACGUUCGAUGAUGUUUGGCCAGGAUCGUUACAGACGUCGGUAUUGGAUUUUUCCCCAGUGUGGGGGGAUUUUUGUAGAAGGCAUGGAGAGCGCUGCAGGGCUGAAAGAAAUUGCAAAAGAAAGAAAAAAACUAAAAAAAGCAGAAAGCAUCCAGACCAAAGAAAUAUUUGAUACUUCUGACGACCCUUUAAAUUGUUCAAAUCCGGAUCAUUGUGAGCAAAAGGAAGAUCCUAACGAAAAAGAUAACACAAAUCUAAUUCUUCAGAAUCCUGGCUCUUUUUCCAAAUUAAGCAAGCUUUUAGAAGUAGCUAAGGUGCCUCCUGAGUCAGAUGUAACGACCCCCAAACCAAAGAGCGGUGCAGAUGGGUGCGCACUGCCUCACCAGAACCGUGGGAGACACUCACCGGGCAGCAUGCAGCCAACGGUGACACAGAACAGCGUGGAAGAGACAGACUCGAAUCUGGUCAGUACCGGUUCAGGUGGUGCAGGCAAGGUCUACAGUCCUCUCCCCAGGGACCAGUUGUUACUGCCAAGAACACCUUGGGAGGACACUUCCCUUACCCAAGCCGAUGCGCCAGCUGCUUCUUCACCAACUCCUCGGGCCCAGCCGCCCUCUAAGUCACCUGCAGCUCUUGAAGUAGCCAAACCAGUAGAUUAUCCUAGUCCAAAGCCUAUUCCAGAAGAAAUGCAGUUUGGCUGGUGGAGAAUUACUGACCCAGAGGAUUUAAAAGCUUUGCUCAAAGUGCUACAUCCCAGAGGCAUAAGAGAAAAGGCAUUACAAAAACAAAUUCAGAAACACCUGGAUUACAUCACUCAAGCCUGCAUCGAGAAUAAGGAUGUUACCAUUAUUGAAUUAAAUGAAAAUGAAGAAAACCAGGUAACUCGAGAUAUUGUGGAGAACUGGUCAGUAGAAGAACAAGCAAUGGAAGUGGAUUUGAGGAUUCUUCAACAGGUAGAAGAUCUGGAAAGGAGAGUCGCAUCAGCAAGUUUGCAAGUAAAGGGUUGGAUGUGUCCAGAACCGGCAUCAGAAAGGGAGGACUUGGUCUAUUUUGAACAUAAGUCAUUUUCUAACUUGUGCAAGGAGCACGAUGGAGAAUUUACUGGCGAAGAAGAAAGCAGUGCGCAUGCACUAGAGCGGAAGAGUGACAACCCCCUAGAUAUAGCUGUAACCAGGCUCUCUGAGUUGGAGCGAAACAUUGAAAGAAGGUAUCUGAAGAGCCCCUUAAGUACCACCAUUCAGAUCAAACUGGAUAAUGUGGGCACAGUUACUGUCCCUGCUCCUGCACCAUCCAUUAGUGGUGAUGAUGACAGAAUUGAAGAGGACAUUGUUCCCGGUCUCAGGGUAUGGCGAUGGGCAUUAUCAGAAGCUCGCAGUGCUGCACAGGUGGCUCUGUGCAUUCAGCAGUUACAGAAAUCCAUAGCAUGGGAAAAAUCAAUUAUGAAAGCUGCAAGUUCACUGAAAAGGGGCCGCAAAGACAGAAAAAGGAAAAUAGAGGAAAACACCUGCGGUACUGGAGUAAAACAGGAAAGCUGUACUCGUGGAAAGAAACUGAAACAGGACAACUCUGACCUGACUCUUGGCAGUACAAGCCCUACUAAAAUGCAAACUCGUCUCAAUAAAGACAUGAAAAAAAGAAAAAUAGAGGAAAACACCUUCAGUAACUUACCAAACCAGGAAAGCUUUAAUUCUGUAAAGAAAAUGAAGCAAGACCACUCCGACCUGACUCUUUCCAGUACCCUUACUGAAAUGGACAGUCAUGAAGAUGCACGGCCUUUUGUAGAACUGCCGGAGCGCAGCACACGGAGUCGUCUGCGUUUCCGCCUCAGGGAUGGAAGACACGUUGUUAUUCAAAGUGCGUAAGCAGCUUUAUAAUAACGUGUGGUAUCUGGGGGUCUCAUCAACAAGAAAUAAAGUGGUUAAACACACACACGGAACAGUC